UCGCCGGCAGUGUAUGCGCAAAGCGAGGGGGAGUUGCCCAGCGCCGGCAAUGCAGGCUCAGAACGCCAAGGGGCGCACCUUCAAAUAUCGGCCGGCGUUGGGGGGCUGCCGCCAUUUCUGAGUUGGCAAUCGGAGUGUGAGGACGGUGAAGCAGAAUGUCGGACGAAGGCAAGCUCUUUGUUGGUGGACUCAACUUCGACACGAACGAGCAGUCGCUGGAAUCCGUCUUCUCCAAAUAUGGGCAGAUCUCCGAAGUUAUUGUCAUUAAAGACCGGGAGACACAACGAUCAAGGGGUUUUGGUUUCGUCACGUUUGAAAAUCCUGAUGAUGCAAAGGAUGCUAUGUUAGCUAUGAAUGGGAAGUCUAUUGAUGGGCGUCAGAUUAGAGUGGAUCAAGCUGGAAAAUCCUCUGGAGACCGUUCCCGGGGUUACAGAGGUGGAAAUGCAAGCAGCCGCGGGUCUUUCCGUGGUGGGUCUGGGCGUCGAACACGAGGGUUUUCUAGAGGCAGUGGUGGAGACAGAGGGUACGUUGGACGCUAUGAUUCAAGAAGUGGUUACUCGGGAUCGAAGGAUUACCAAAACAAAGAUAGGAGUCAAUGGAGCUAUGGCGGUAGUGGCUCUUACCGGGACAGUUAUGACAGUUAAGCUACACACAUCGAAUAAAUAAAUCUUCUUGACUCAAGAUCGUCCUUCCUAUGGCUGUAUUUAUAAAGAUUUUCGAAGCUUCGUGGAAUCGCAUUGUGUACUUGUAUUCUCAUACCUUGUAGUAUUUCAGUUUGGCCUUGUUAAUCACAGCCUGACAGCUUCUGACAUGAGGAUGCACACUUAAGUGUUGUCUCAGUAAUUUUGGAAUUAAACGAGCUAACAAACAGUAGCAUGCUCAGGCACUUGACAAAGCCCUCGUUAAUUUGUGUUUUUAAGCAAUAUUGCAAGGUUUUCAUUUUAGUUUAGAUCAGUUUCUUUAUUUUAAUGUUAACAUUGCUCAAACAAUUUCCAGAAAGUUUAGCUAUUUCUGAAUUGAGUGGAGGUGACUGGAAUUUUGGCGGGGAAAAAUGCAAAAAAGGGUUAACAGUGUGUUCUCAGUCUAUUUUUAUGGUAAGCAAACUGAUGUUUUAUAGAAGCUGAACAAGCUGUGGUGUUUAUUUCAAAAUAAAGGCUCAUAUAGCCACUUAUUCUUGUAAAAAGGUGUCAUUUGAAACGUUCCUUUAGUGUAGCAAGGUAGGAAAACAACAUGGGAACAGAAGAUAUUGCCUGCCUCUCAAACCGCCUUGAUACUGCUGAAGAUAAAUGGUAUCUUUUUUUAACGUAAUUGGACAUCUGUGCAUCUUUCAGUAGUUUCAAGCGUUCUGUACACUGUAAACAAAGUUAAUCAUGUUCCAGAUUCUUCAAAAUUAACAUAUGAAGUUCUGAGCAAUGUAUCUUUAUAAGAUGGACAUGUACUGGAUGAGAAAUAUUUGGAAAUGGCUUUUUGUGUUGUAUGUUCAAGUGGUUUAGAGUUGACCUUUUUGUACUGGAAACAGGCUUCACGAAGCCUCAUUAAAAGAAAUACCUGACUUAUAA